AUGGAGGAGCAGCCGAAGGAGGGCGAGGCCGAGGUCGAGGAGCACUGGUUCUCUAAGUGGGAGCGCCAGUGCCUGGCCGAGGCUGAGCAGGAAGAGGAGUUGCCCCCCGAUAUGCAGGAGGAGGCGACCCCUGAGGCGGCGGGGCUCAAGAGCGAGAAGCAGAAGCUGUGGCACCUCUUCCAGGUCUCAGCUACCGCUGUGGCCCAGCUCUACAAGGAUACGGGGUGCCAACAGCCAGGACUCUCCUUGUGGGACCCCUUCCAGAGUGCGGCCAUGGCUGUGACCAGCCUCUACAAAGAGAGCGGGGAUGCCCACCAACGAAGUUUUGACCUGGGCGUCCAGGCCGGCCACCAUCGUCGCAUCAAAGAUGUGCUGGAAUGGGUGAAAAAAGGCCGGAGCACCAUUCUUCGAGAAGAUCUGAUUAGCUUCCUGUGUGGCAAGGUGCCCCCCGCGCCUCCGCCGCCGCGCAGCCCGAGGACGCCCCCGAAGCCACCCGCCGGGGCCCCCAGCCAGGCCGCGGCCACCGAAUCAGGCUCGUCGGUGGACGUCGACCUGCAGCCGUUCCACGAGGCCAUCGCCCUGCACGGCCUCAGCGGCGCCAUGGCCAGCAUCAGCGUGCGAUCCGGAGCGCCCGGCUCCCCGCCUCAAGCCAGCGGUGUGGCCGGCGACGGCCACCGAAGAAGUAGCUUCCUCGAGGACGACUCGAACCCCAUCGACUCCGAAGAAGUGGCCCUCCACCUGGACAGUGGGGGGACCCGCAAGCGCACCUCGGCCCAGUGUGGUGAUGGCGACACAGACUCCCCAACCCACAAGCGCAACCGAAUGAUCUAAACUGGUCUAAACCGCCUCGUGGGUCGCCAGCCGCCAUAUUGCUCGGCCAUCAAC